CGCUGCCGCCGCUCGCUGCUCCACCGUCCCRAACAUUUCCGCCGGGGCAGCGGCGAGCGGCGGUCCGCGGCGGUAAAGGGUCAGGUGGGCUSCUGAACAGGAGCAGCGGCUGCUGGGGGUGGGAGGCUGCCCGGGCACUUCUCCAAGCGUCCCCCGGUAGAGCGGUGACGAGCAGCACAAGCUCUCCGUUCGGCUCGGCCGUGCCCCUGUGAGGGSGAGGGAGCCGUGGCCGGGAUGCUGGCCGGAGCGCUGCCCGCCUCCCUCGGGCGGGGCUGCCUGGGCCGCUGGCUGCUCGCCACUCGCGGCUGGGCGCUCCUGGGCACCGSCACCAGCACCGGGACCGGGACCGGSUCCUGCUCCUGCUUGAGGUGGCAGCACCAGCCCCCGCUGCUGCUCCGGGCCGCCCGUCAGAGCAUCGGGACGCAGGCGGGAGGRCUGAGAGCUGAAAAACCUGGCGAUAAUAGCAAAGAUGUGUCCGUGCAAAGGGCGCUGAACGAGGAAACGCUGGUGUCGGCGGCUCAAAAAGUGAAAGAAGCUGGAAGAGACUUUACCUAUUUCAUUGUGGUGCUUGUUGGAAUUGGUGUUACAGGUGGUUUGUUCUAUGUGAUCUUUAAAGAGCUGUUCUCUUCUUCUAGUCCAAAUAAGAUCUAUGGAGAUGCCUUGGAAAAAUGCAGAUCUCACCCUGAGAUAAUUGGUGUUUUUGGUGACUCUAUCAAAGGUUAUGGAGAGGCAACAAGAAGAGGAAGACGACAACAUGUCAGUCACAUUGAAUACGUGAAGGACGGACUGAAAUAUAUGCGUUUGAAGUUCUAUAUUGAGGGCACUGAAACAGGGAAACAGGGAACAGUCCAUGUGGAAGUCAAAGAGAAUCCUGAAACAGGAAGAUUUGAGGUCCGCUACAUAUUUGUGGACGUUGAGACYUAUCCACGAAGAACCAUUGUUAUAGAGGACAACAGAUAGCCAAUGAUCAAAGCUGCCACCUUAUCUCACUGAGCACUGGAUUGUGUUGGGGUAGCCRGUUUACAUGUGAAUUGUGUGGUGUUGCCAAUUGUGUCUCACAACUUCAGGGCURUGUUACAAGAAAUAGGCUCUCAGGGCCUCCACUAAGGACUUUGGAUAAUAAGAGAUACGGGAUUUAAAGUGAAACCAAUGAAAUGUGACAGAGCUAUCAUGGCAGAUAUUGACAUAGGACAAUAAUUCCUCCUAAUAAACAGUUUGAUGCUGGAUAAUACUUCUGCACACCCAAAACCUGAGUUUUCCAAGGUUUUAGGUUUGGAUGGGGAGUUUUUUGUCUUCCUUGGCUUGGAUUUCCCACUACUACUGCAAAGAAGGGAGCAGUUUAACUGUAGGCAGAACUCUACUGUUUUCAUUUUGGAUGCCUUUGUAGAUAAGAACGUAAAGUAAGAAUGUUGGUGAUGCARAAGAGAUCUAGCCCAAAGGCAUGUGAGGGUAGGAGUGGUUUAGGCACACACCCAUGACAAGCAACUGAAUAUAAAGACUUCAAUAUUGGUGUCUUCUAAAUAAAUUACAGGUACACAGAACAUCACUACCAUCUGCUCUUUCCAGUGUUUGCCGUGCCGUUCAUGGGGGGUUGGCCUUUUCUCCCAGGCAGCCAGCUACAGGGCAAGAGGAAAUGGCCUCAAGCUGUGUCAGGGGGGAUUUGGGUUGRGCAUCAGGAAAAAUUUYUUCACUGAAAGUGCGGUCAGGCAUUAAAACAGACUGUCCAGGGAGGUGGUGGAGUCACCAUCCCUGGAAKUAUUCAAAGAACGACUGGAUUUUGGCACUUGGUGUGKUUUAGUUGACAUAACAGUGUUUGCUCGAAGGUUGGACUGAAUGGUCUUGGAGGUCUUUUCCAACCUUAAUGAUUCUGUGAACAUAGCUGUAGUACUUCACAGUCUCCUUUUGGUCAUCUCUCUCAAGAUACCACCCCACAGAGAAAAGAGAGAAACCACAGUAGCUGUAACUAAGUCCUGACUUUCUCAUGCUUCUGACUGGUGACAUGGGCUGUGCUCCUGGAUGAAUUGUGUAGCACAGGUGGUUUUUUUACCAUGUAGUGCUAGUUACUCUUGUUUUCAAAAAGCCGUAUUUAUAGAGGGGCUUUUUAUUUCUAAGAGUGUUCUUUAACUUCAGGAGAAUAUUUGGUAUUUCCUUUAAAGUUGCCUUUUCUGUGGAAUAACCCAAGUGUCCAGGAAGUAUUGUACUUCUUCAUGCUUUGCUUUCAAUCCCUGACACCAAAAUGCUAGCUAAAUGCAGUUGUGAGAAAGGUGGGCAUGCACAAGAAAAUAUUCAUGAAGUUAAUGGUCAUUGGGAUCUUCACUGGUGUCUCUUUAAAACUGUUGAGCUCCGAAUAUCAUCACCUUUCAAAAUUAUUUCAAAACCACAGUAUUCCAUUUAAACUUCUCUCUUUGCCAUUUUGUCUGCAUCUACAUGUGAUAAACACACAUGURGUGUUUAUCAGGGCAUGUCUUUUGUCCAUAAAGUGCUCCACAUUAUUUUCUUUUACUGCCUGCAUCACCUUGCUAUCUAAGUGGAUUUACCACUCUAGGAUGCUUCUCUAUAUUUCAUGAAUGGAGAUGAGAAUAUGCUUAAUAAAAUGAAGACAAAAAAUAGCAGAAGAAAUCCACCUUUAUCUGAGCUUAGAUGUAUUAGUAUUCUUAAUUUGAACAAAUGACAAAUAAAAGGCUCAAAUGCUUUCCAGUGUCACUGGAGGAAAGCCUUUUGGAAUCCUUCUAGGAACAGCUCAUCAGUGAAGAAAAAAAACCUCAUAGCUUGAUUUAUCAGCUUCGUACUAGUGGGUACCUAUCACCAGCACGAUUAUUUAGGCCCCAUGAAAUUUAAGGAGUAUUAAAGCUUCAUAGGGGUGUAGGUUGUCUGCAGAAAAAAAAGUUAAACAUUUUUUUGCUAACAGAAGUCUUAUGGGAACUAAUUACUUCUUUCUGUAUUCCUUCUGAGGCUGAAGUUCUGUUGGUCCUUAUGGACCGAGCUGUCACCCGUGCUAAUAAAUUUUCUUAACUUCUGUUCAAUGUAAAUAUAUAUAUAUGAAGACACCUUAAUCAAAAUUAGGUGAAGAUUAGUUGAGCGAGAUACCUGGAAUAGAGAACAUUGAUCUCUUCUGCAGUACCAAUUUUCCUGGUGGUAGUUUGCACUCAAGGGCAACAGCUGCAUUCACUGAGUUUAAACAUAACAUUUUAAAAACACCCCUGUUGUCAAUAAACAUGAGCAGUAACCAUUUCACUGUUACCAUUUUAAAGCUCUUUCUUCUUUUUCUCUUGGGAAAACACAAAAUUACAGCAUGUGCCAGUUACUCUCUGUUGUAAAAAUGCCAUGUUAUUGUUACUAAAGCAUUGGGAAAAAAAUCACUGCCAGCAAGUCAGAGCCAAAGAAAUGACAUUUUCAUGGAAAUUAAAAACAUUUUCCAGAGUYCAGUUUUGAUUUGUUGCAGAAUUAAUAAAAAUGUAUAUUCUCAAAUCCCCUCUCUCCUUUAUGAAAUGAAAAUAUGUCACUCACCAGUGAAAGGUUGUUUUUUCAGAAACACUGUGUGGCAGACUACUCAAAAUGUGUUUUAGGUACGUGUACAACUUUCCCAUCUCUGCAUUUGUUUUUGUGGAUGCCAAAACCUCUGUAUGCAGCAUAGGCAGCCAAUAUCCUUAGAGCURCUUUGUGGGAAUAAUAAUGUUACUCUGUCAUUUGUGUGACCUGUGUUUCGAUCUGGGUCCUGUGUAUACUUGCUGUAUAUUGGCAAAAAAGAAGCAUMCCUCCAGGAAAUGGACUCAGUGGAAACUUUAAAAUAAUAGAAAAAAAAAUUACUCUUUUACUAAACUUCAGUAAACAGAAGAAAAUGUAGUUUUAUACUGGGAAGGGAAAGUAGAGUUGUGCAUGAC